UUUAUAAUUAUUUUGUGAUUUGUUUCUUCGGUCAUGGCCGAAAUGGCAGACACCCACAUUGUAGAAAUCCCUGUAGAUGAAGAGCGUCAACAGAAGCUCUCAUGUGCUUUAGCCACCAUCUCUGCAAUCCAAAACCAUCCAUUAAUGGAGAUCUCUCGGAGUCCGGGCCAUCUCUUGCUUCUCAAGUUAUGGCAAAGAGAGGAAGACCUUUUUGGUCGUAGGAUCGUUCUCAAAGAGUCCAGGCUCGACUCCAUCAAGAGAGAGAUCUUCCAAUUGUGUUGUUUCUUUGUCAUUUUCCUUGGACUUUUCUUCAACAUCUUGUUCACGUCUUCCGUCGGUGCAGAAGACCACCGCACUUGCGGGAAAUGGUGGGUGCCAUCAAUUGUUUCGCUCUCGACUUCACUCGUGUUUGUGUUUUUGGUCCAGGUCAAGCUUUACAGGUACUGGAAAGUGGAGAAGCAGUUGCAGAGGGAGCGGAGCGAUAACCGAGUACUCACGAGGUGCAUUCAGGAGCUGAGGAUGAAAGGGGAAAGCUUCGAUUUGUCAAAAGAGCCUCACAUUGGGAAGAGGAUGAAGAGCUCGAGCGUUGAGAUUAAAUGGAAGCCCCUAACAUGGUGCUCUCAGUACCUGAUCACUGUUGCACUUGUUUGCUUCUCCGGUUUGGCUUUGCUGGUCUGCAAGUUCAUGCUCUGUGGAAUCUAAUACGACUUGUGAAAAUGCUUCCAAUGUAGAAGGUGCCGUUUUAAACACUUUUAUUGGGGUUUUGAUACCAGAUAAUUUGUUCACAGAGGUCUUCAUUGGGGAUGAAGCAUCUUGGUCCGAUAAUGAUUUAUUUAAAACCUGCUGGGAGCUAUGAACUCCAUUACUAGCAGCAGGUCAAAGAAGACACCACUACGGUGUUGCAGAGCAGAGGCGAUUCUAUAAACCUUCUUCAGUCAUUCAACUGGUCCUCAAUUUAAGAGCCUGAGAUCUUGUAUACUACUAUCAAAGAGAUGCUAUUUGUGAUCUUCAAUGGCACCACGACUUGUGUGCUCUUCUAGAUGUACAAGAAAUUCUUUUACGACUCAAAUAAUAAAACAAAUCAUUCAUUCAUUUAUUUA